GUGCAAAUUUUCCUUUCUGCGAAGACAUUCCGAUCUACUAAGCUGAAGCGCAGUCCCAGAGACAUCCGCUGGACAGUACUUUACCGUAUCAAGCACAAGAAGGGAUCGUAUGGUCAAGAAAAUGUCCAAAGGAAGAAGGUGAAGAAGACCACUCAUACCCUGAACCGUGCCGUCGCUGGAAUGUCUCUGGAAGCUAUCUUAGCUAAACGCAACCAGACAUCUGAUUUCCGACGUCAACAACGUGAACAGGCAGCCAAGGCCGCAAAAGAGGCGAACAAAGCAGCUCGAGCAGCCAAGGCUGCCAUGAACAAGGAAAAGAAGCCCGCUGCACAAAAAAUGAAACCACCGAAGCCAGUGAAGACUGCUGCGCCUCGAGUCGGAGGAAAACGUUAA